AUGGGCUCCAAGGAGCUCGCGGCUCGCUUUGUGCGGCCGCUGAUUGCAUGGAUCGAAGCGACUCCUGUUCACAUCUUGCUCGUCUGCUUCAUGCUGCUGAUUAUCCUUGGACUUGGUUGUCUCUUCGUUCUCCUCCACCUGGUAGCGCCGAAACCACGACCUGUCAUCCCCUCCGAAAAGACAUACAUUACCUCCAGCCCGUCAGGGAAACCAACCACGCCUCAACAACUGCCAUGUUGGCACGACCGUUGGCUGGCCGAACGUCGCCUCCAAGAGGAGAAGCGUGUUCGUCCUCACGAAGCAUAUCCGACACCUGACGCUGGCAACAUUGAACCCGCCGAAUUACGCCUAAGCGUCGUGUUCCCCGCGUAUAAUGAAGAAGAUCGAAUCUUGCCCACGUUAGAAGAAGCUGUCGAGUAUCUCGACAAACAUGUCGGCCGAAGCAAGACCACCAAGACGCCAUUCAGCCCCAGCACCAGACGUCACCAGCGUGGACACUCUAAUGCCAAGACGGACAAGGAGCUGGGCGGCUACGAGAUCCUAAUUGUCAAUGACGGUAGCAAGGACAAGACCGUACAGGUGGCGCUGGAUUUUGCCCAUAAGCAUGAACUCCAUGACAUUCUUCGCGUGGUGACUCUGGUUAAGAAUAGAGGAAAAGGCGGGGGUGUCACUCACGGCCUGCGGCACGUAAGAGGCGAGUAUGUGCUCUUUGCGGAUGCGGAUGGCGCAUCGCGCUUCAGCGACGUGAGCAGGUUGAUGGAGGGAUGUGAAGAAGUCAUUGAUGGAUCAUCCCGAGGCGUAGCCAUUGGAAGUCGAGCACACCUGGUUGGCAGCGAAGCCGUUGUCAAGCGUUCCGCCCUGCGCAACUUUCUAAUGCGGUCCUUCCAUCUGGUCCUCACUAUACUCACACCGCCUGCGACAUCACGUAUCCGCGACACCCAAUGCGGCUUCAAGCUCUUCUCGCGCGAGUCCCUUCCCCAUAUCGUGCCGUACAUGCACACCGAAGGAUGGAUCUUCGACAUUGAGAUGCUCAUGCUUGCGGAGUCGGCGCCCGCUACGCCCGUCCUCGGUAGCGAUGGUAGUGUUAUUGGCACUAGUCCUGGUAUCAAGGUUGCUGAAGUGCCUAUCGAGUGGCAUGAGGUGGGGGGUAGUAAGUUGAAUGUUAUCCAGGACAGCAUCAAGAUGGCUAUUGGGCUGGCUGUUUUGCGAGCGAGUUGGAUGAUGGGUGUGUAUCGCAGACGGUUGACUUGA